AUGUUUUUUACAGUGAAUAAGUUGCUCUUAAUAUUAUAUUUAUUGUUUUAUAUCUUAGAACCAGGAUUAGCGAUGACGAGGGCUCAGCUGAAAAAGACGAUGACUAUUAUGAAAAAUCAGUGCAUGCCUAAGAAUAAUGUUAACAAUGACAAAGUGGGACAAAUUGAACAAGGAGUUUUCAUAGAAGAUCAUGAUGUUAUGUGCUACAUUGCAUGUAUUUAUAAAACUAUUCAAGUCGUGAAAAAUAAUAGAUUGGACAAGGAUUUGAUUUCAAAACAAAUAGAUGCUCUUUACCCUCCAGAAUUAAAAGAGCCUACGAAAAAUGCAGUCUCCAAGUGCAUAAAAGAGCAGGCGAAGUACGACGAUCCGUGUGAAGGUAUCUUUUACGCCUGCAAAUGCUUAUACGAAGAUAAUCCAGCUAAUUUUAUAUUUCCUUGA